AUGGCGAAGGACAAGAGAAGCCCAAGAAACGGAGUCCGAAGGGCAAGUCUAAGCAGAAGGAAACCCCCAGGAACUACAUCGCCGAGUUCUUUGCCCUCUACCCGGAAUACCCGUACAACCCCUCAUCAUCGUUCAUGGUCGAAUAUUUCGCCAUGUGUGAUCUCUUCGCUUGGCCGAGACAUGGUAACUGUGACGAGAGAGAUCUCGCUCGAGGCCGCUUAAAGGAUGCCAUGGUGCAACAAUUCAAUAGUACCUAUGGGAGAGACGUCAACGACGUUGUGGCUUGGCAGAAUCUAUGCAAAGCUCUCGAAGUUGACCCUGUCCCUGACAACAUGCAGGAUUGUCAGAAGGUCAUCGAAAGUGUCCACGUCAAUAUAUGCGACCUGGUAGAGGCGCCGAUUCUGGGCCCACCCCGAGAUUUUGGCUCCGAGGAGGCACUUGCCAUAUAUUCUAAGAGCACGGGCAAGAUCUUCCCCAGGAACAACGUCCAUGCGGGAAGUCUCUUGCGUUACUUACUACGUCAUAUAUUGAGCCACCCGGGUAUAGGAUAUCGUAGAGCGUAGAUGGCAAGCUUGUACCGCUCAAAAUUGCCUGCUGGAUGUCUCGAUUUUGGUUAUUCCAGCUCGGACUCGCGAUCCCAUAUU